AUGGAUCGCUUCAACAGAAUGUUGCAGGCUGCGCAGAUGGGCAUGGGUGGCGGCGGAGGCGGCGGAGACCAGCAGAACCUCGUCGAUAACUCAGAAACCGUCUAUAUAUCAUCACUAGCCCUGCUCAAGAUGCUUCGGCAUGGUCGCGCCGGGGUUCCCAUGGAAGUCAUGGGUCUCAUGCUGGGUGAAUUCGUCGACGAUUUUACCGUGCGAGUAGUCGAUGUCUUCGCCAUGCCGCAAUCCGGUACCUCGGUCUCCGUUGAGUCAGUCGAUCCAGUCUUCCAGACAAAGAUGAUGGAUAUGCUACGGCAAACAGGUCGGCCAGAAACCGUUGUUGGUUGGUACCAUUCGCAUCCUGGUUUUGGCUGCUGGCUGUCGAGCGUGGAUAUCAAUACCCAGCAGUCAUUCGAGCAGCUUACACCUCGUGCGGUUGCCGUCGUCGUCGAUCCCAUACAAUCUGUCAAGGGCAAGGUCGUCAUCGAUGCUUUCCGUCUCAUCAACCCACAGACGCUGAUGAUGGGUCAAGAGCCCAGACAAACCACGUCCAACCUCGGUCACCUCAAUAAGCCAUCGAUACAAGCCCUCAUUCACGGCCUCAACAGACACUAUUACAGCAUCGGUAUUCAGUACCGCAAAACUGGCUUGGAGGAGAAUAUGCUCAUGAACCUGCACAAGGAGGUCUGGACGGAAGGUCUUGAAUUGCCAAGCAGCUUCGCCCAGGAGCGUCAAAAGACAGAGGACGGUCUCAAGCGGCUGGUCGAUCUGGCAGACGGCUACGAGAAACGGGUUCGUGAGGAGACCGAGCUCACCAAGGACCAGCUCAAGACCAGAUACGUGGGCAAGGUCGAUCCCAAAAAGCACAUUGAAGAUGUGGGUCAGCAGCUGAUUGAAGACAACAUUGUUGCCGUCUCAAGACAAAUGAUUGACAAAGAAGCAAGCGUGGCGAAGAAAACGGAGCCGCUCAACGGUCAUCGCAAUGGAACAAUGGAGGUCGAUGAUGAGCUGUGA